AGACCUGAGACGCCGGCCUCGGUUGAUAUUCUUCCGAAUUCUGGUUUAGAAAAGAAGAAGGAUAAAAAGUCAGAUGGUGAUGCUCUUAAACUUUCGUGCACGGAAGAUCUUCGACUGGUAAUCAGAGAAAAAAUCCUUCCUAAAAAAUCGAAAAAAAACGUCAGUGACGAAAACAUCAAGGUUAUUCUUUCUGAAUCAAACAAGAAAUGUAACUCCUUUCAAAAGAUCAUCAAUUCGAAGUCUUUGACUGAGGUUGAAUUCGCUAAAAAGAAGAAGGAUAAGUCUAAAACAUACUCUUCCAAGCCGAAUAAGCUAGACGACUCACCUGCUACCAAGGAUGAAACCUCUUUGCAGCUUCCUAAGCAGAAAAAACUCAGAGGGAGAAAACGUCGGGAUGAUGAAGAUAACGAAUCUGAAUGGGAAAAUCAGCUUUCAAGUGGUAAAAUGGAAACUAGUGCGUGCAGCAUUGGCGUUCACUCAUCUAGCUUUGAUCUGCCUGACACUAUGUACGAAUCUAUGUAUGAUAAGAUAAAAAGGCGAGCUAGUAAAGAUAUAGGACGAAAAGAUGGAGAUCUAGCACGGCCAGCUCUCUCUGAAAGGCUUACCCUAAAAAAACCCAAAGUUAAACUUCAUUCUGGUAAGAAGGAACUGUCUUCUGCGGAUUCUGACACAGAUGAAUGCUUUAGUGAUGAAGGAAAUAGACAUCAACACCUUAAGAAAUCAAAACAACAAUCUAGAAAAAAGUCCUCCGGAAGUGGGGGUGGACAGCGUCUUCUUCAACGUCCCUGUAUUGAUAGUGACAGUGAUUCGACCGAUGCGGAAGCGAAUGCUUCACCAAAGCUUAAAACCCUCAGUCGGACUGGUAACUGCAAGCAGAAAAAAGCUCCUAAGUUGGCUAAAAGCAAAAAUCAAAAUGUGAAAAGGGAUCGCAUCGAACCCAAAAGCGACGAGUCUAAUUCCUCGGGGGAAGAAUUGAUCGUUAAAAACGGUUCUCAAAAGAAGAUUAACACAAAAAGACUUGUUUCCCCCGUAAAUAUCAGCAGAAAGAAUUCUACGAAAUUGGGCUCUGAAGGCAAGCAAAUUCCUAAUAAGAAUAAAAUUAAUUUGGAAUUAAAGGAUACACAAACUUCGGUGCAGUUAUCGAUUGCAAGAAAGAAACAUAAAUGUAAUAUGAUGGAAGAUAAAAAGCCUAGGAAGCCUAGGGCUGAGAAAGAUCGCCAGCACCAGAGUCUCCUACAUCGAGUUUUCGCCUCAACUGAUUCGGACACUCCUUCCUCCAUGACCGCAUCAUCAUUGUCACAUUCUUCUGAUGAGGCGCAGGCUGAGCCGCCUCAGCAGGUAUUUUACCACACCGAUUCCAUAAAAAAGUCUAAAAGGUCCAAGCAUAAACUUUCACAAAAUCUCCAGAAACCCGUUAAGCAGUCUCCCUGCAUACGUUCACAUUGUAAAUCUGCUAGUUCAAAGAAUUUAAAACUCUCUUCUAUAGCCGGCUCAUCCGAUUCCGAUUCAUCUACUCCACGAAUUAGUCGAUCCUGCAGUCCCGAUGAAAUAUCGGGCGUCUCCUCGAAUGCUGCUCCUUCAUGUACCGGUUCUGUUAUAUCCGAAACAAACAAAAUUGAUGUCGCAUGCAAACCUAUCUGUCGAAAAAAAGCCUCGCCUCGGCCCGAAAUUGCCUCAACAUUGGACUCUCCAUUCGUUUCCAUCUCUUCAUCGACGUCUCAUACUCUCAGUGGUUCCCACGACAGUCAUACUUCCGUUGCUCUUUCAAGUCGCAGUAAUACGAGUUCCAGUGAUCAUUAUGGCAGUGGAGGUUUAACAGAUGAUAAUUCCAAGCGCACCGCUUCAACCUUGCUAAUGACCGAUUCGAGUAGUUGUGGUGACCUCUUGGAUGCCGCUAAAGCAAUGAAACUUGAGAGAGGCGACUGGAAUAUCUUUGCAGCUCUUGCAGGCCAUCAAUCUACACCUAAGCCCAGUGAUGAUCUGGGAAAUACAUUGACAGACUUAAGUCAGCCUCAUAUUUCACCUGAAGCUUCGGUGGGGCACGACACUAUUGGCGUUUGUGCUGUUCCUUUAGGGAAAGAUUGCUUGGAUGUUGACGACGAGUUGCCUUCUCUGGAGAAGCAUGAAGAAGAGGAGGAUGGGGAGCUCGAGAGUCCUGAUCAGAAGCCGUUACUUGGUGAUGAUUCACUUUCUCUUAAUGAAAGCGGGACUCUGAUGAUGAGACGACACAGCGAAUUUAAAGGUCUUUCCAAUUAUGAAGAGGAUGAUCUCCCACCUCCUGUGGUUUCAGCUAUCGAUAGUAACAGCGGUGAAUCUGUUUCCAGUACCCAAGCAGUUUGUACAGUUUGUACUAGCGAAGUUAUAAAGGAUGUUGUAUAUGAUAGCUGUCUCCCGUUGAAUCCUACUAUUACUGCUACUGAACUUCCUGAUACUGAACCUAUUGAAACUUCCAAAAGAUGCCAAUUAGAUAUCUCUACUGCCUCAUCUGGUUUCACUUCAAGAGAUUCAUCUGACUCUGAUUCUCCUUCCGAGGCACUUGAUCGAUUUUGUACCACAGAAAAAAGCGAUGAAGUCAAAUUAUCAACAUUUGAGUCUGUCUCCAUCGCACAAUCCACAACAGAGUCAUUACCCUCUCAGCAAGUUUUCUUCGCCCAAGAGGUAUCCUAUUCGCCAUCUUUGCCUUCUUCCUCGACUGUAGGCAUUACACUAGCUGCCACUGAUCCAGAAUCAGAUCAAGCUAGUAUUGGCCAGACGUUACCUAAUUCUCAAGGUAGUUUGGUGGCUGAUGCAACUACGAAGCCUAAUAUUUGUCUUGGGUCCGCAGAUUUGAGUGGGGGGGCUCUUUUAAGCACUAAUUCGACCACUGUGGAUGCGACUGUCUUGUUGACCAGUUCGACCCACUUGAUGAAUUUGUCGCCUGCUCAGCCUCAACAUCCGCAACAAGUAUCUUUACUUCAAGCAGAAAUCGCCACAAAUUCCUCGAAGACUCUCAAAGAUGAAGAACGACCUGUACAAUCGGUCAAUCAGCAAGCUAUUUCUCAGAAGCCCCACCAACAGCGCAUCGCUCUCCUCAUGACUACCGCACCUCAGGUCACAUCUGCUGGAAUCACUUCAUCAGUUGUCGCUACUAGAACGACUGUAAAUGCUUUGCUUAGUACUCCAUUUGUGAUAACUACCGCACCCAUCACUCAGCGUCAAGGCGUGACGAGUACCGUUGUAUGUCCUCCUAUCACAAUGUCCAGUUUACCUUCCGUUCAUCCUAAUCCGUCUCAGAAAACUAGUACCAAAUUAUCUGAGCAGCGAGUCACUACGCUGGUAACUUCAAUAGUAAAUACACCUUUAAUGACAGUUAACACUACUUCAACUCAACGCAAGCCACAACAAUCUCCGUCACAGCAACUUGCAGGCCGUUCUCCAAACCCGGCACCUUCAGCCCCCCUCGUAGUUAUCAACCAUCAAUCAACUUCCUUGCCAAUCACUUCCACUAGUCCUAUCUCAGUGUCUGCCUCAAUUGUUUCUACUACACUAAAUGGACAACAAAUUCCUCCUUCUUCUGGACCUGUUGCACCGGUACGGAUUCAUUCGCAGCACUAUCCUUUGCCCCCACCCCAGCCACCAAAUGGACCGGCUUCAACUUCGGAUCUCACUACCUACGUCAAGCGGGUCAUUGAGCGCGUCAAACAGGAAAAAGAUGAGGAAAUCCUGAAGCAUCAGCGCACAGGUGGGGCCCAUUCGAAUUCAAGUGAUCGGGUCAAGCGCUCUCGGCGAUGUCCACCUCAAACUGCCCCCAUAGGUCAUUCCGCCCAGGCCACUUCCAUUAAUACACCCGCUACCUCCAUGAUACCCACUCCCAUUGCUCCCAUGCCUUCUAUACCAGGAGUCAACUUGUGUAAUAAACCAGCCGGCUCUCCUACGUUGCCGGCAGCUGCUCUAAGUCCUAAAUUGCCUGCUGUCCAAACUUCUCAAAGUGGCCCAACAAGGCGACGUUCGGCAGGGGCUUCUGCAGCGGCUGGUGAUACCUCCACCCUUCCUACUGGAGGCGACCCCUAUGAACCAAAUUUUGAUGAUGACUCCGUGGCGGCUGCAAGAACUCUAGCAACACCAGAAUCCUCUAAAACCACACCUCUUUCUGUUUCUCCCGCCGGGCCCACACCCAGUACGAUUGGGACAUUAGCUCCGACGCGCGACUCAAUCGAAGAGAUAAUUGAUGCUGUUAGCCGGGGCCAUUUUGAUGAAGAAGAGUAUAUCCAGAAGCUCAUAGGUGGACAGUUUACUGCCGGUCUUGGUGGAUUCAAUAGUUUAGCUUGUAUUUCUUCCACGUCUGUGAACCUCUCUGCUACAAGUGAUAGCCCUACCACCUCGGCUAGUACAAGUUCACAAGGCUCAAUGGGCACUGUCUCAGCUGGGCAUCAUUCCGGGACUCGCCAAAUAGCUAUAACAUCUUCGGAUACACCGGUCACCACAUCAAUCGCUUCUCCGAUAUCUUCGGUAUCCAUUUGA